GCUAAUGUCAUUCUGAACUACAGCUGGGCGCCAGCUGAUAGAAAAUUGAGCGAGAAAAGUCAAUAAGGGUGUGCAUUUAUACUAUUGAUAACGUGGCGAUAUAGUGAAAUUGCGUUUGUUAUGUGAAUUACAGGUGUUGUUUAUGUUGAUAGUGAAGUAAAAUGUCUGUUCAAAAUAUCGCUGUGAAACUUUGCGGUGUUUUGCAAGGCCAAAGUGAAGAAGAGGUGACCGCAAGAGAAUGGCGUUUGCUCGGGCAAGAGGAAGACGGAACCCAAGUACUCUCAUGGGUUUCGACAAAGGACGUCAAAGAAGUGCUAAACAUUGGUGUCUACACCAACAAAACUAAAUCUCUAGCCAUUCUACACACAUUUGAGGAGAAACUAAACAUCAUCCAGGCUUCAGUCAAUGCGAGUCACACCCUGCUCGUUUAUUCCGUGAAACAACUGCCUACUGAAGAUUCUGAGAUAAAGGAGCCCUUGUACUGUCCAUAUUUGAUAUGUCUACUGCCAGACAAGGAUAGAACUCCGCAGGGGAUAGAGAAAGGUUCUACGAAGCAGAUUAUGGUGCAGUAUGUGUACGGGAAAAGCAAUAAGUACAGUCCAGGAAUAAGGAACGAUAGAUUCUUGCUGUUCAAACAUUUGGAAUAUAUCAAAGUAUACCGGAGUCCACUGUUCUUAAACGAGUGUGAGGACGGCAGCGAGCGCUGGGGCUUCGACGGCGUCUACACGGACCCCGAGACUGUCGUCAAGGUGUUCUCGUGGGCGCAGUGGGACGCCACCAACCAGGUGUUGUACUACAUCCAUUACCGCGCGCCCGCUCAGAGUUUCGCCGAAGAAGAAGUGAAGUCUCCAUGUGACGUUUCACCUACUCUGUCUGCUCUCCAGUUCCACGCCGAUCUACCUCACGAGACCGUGCUAAACAUCCCUCUCUCCCUUCCCCAUCUCCACGCGUCAUCAUCAGCCUGCGGCGCCUACGAGGACGACCCCGUGCCUCUCCGCAUCCACGACUGUUCUCUAGACCUAAGCAUAGCUUGCCGGUCUAAAGGAGUACUGUGCGUCAUGCACCACUACCUGUACAAGCCCCUCGACGACUCAACAACCUCCCUGGUCCUCGAGGACAGCGCAGACCUCAAAGACUCAGGAGUCAACUUCGCCUACUCGGUCACAGUACUCCAACAUGGAUGUGUCAUUCAUAGUGUGCUGCCCGACCUGCCCUGGACCCUAGCCAAGGCCCUGAGACCCUCGCACACUCUGUAUAAUGAUGACCACCUCCUAGUCCACAUACCGAACCUGUUCACCCAUCUCAUCGACAUCAGCCCCGACCACUCCCCCUGCAACCACAUAGUGCUGCCCUGCGACGAGGCGGGGGGCGCGCUAGCCCCGCUGCUCGGAUGGGGACCUCAUGCUAUGGUUGAUCUCGCCACGCUAGACGUCGUCACACUGAGCAUAUCAGAGAAAGAUCUCGUGUCGGCGUUCAAAAACACCGUAGCUGAGAACAAAAUAGCCAUCGUGCACCAUCUAGUGGAGCACGAGGGUAACACGGAGCUCGCUGAACAGCUGAUAUCCUGGUUGUGUCUGAACCAGCGCCCAAAAGACGGCGACGUAUUCGUCCGAGUGAUGCAGGAGUAUCUCAUAGCGAGCGCUUUUUCUUUAACUCGGCGAUCGCUGCCCGCCUCCGCUGUCCCACUGUUGGACUACCUACCCAGCGUGCUGCAGACCGAGCUACAUGACGUUAGGGUCAGAGACGUAUGUGUGAGCGUGAGCCAAGAGCAACUCUGGUGCGGAGCCAGCGUCGUCCUCGCUCCGCGACAACGCGUCUGCCAGUUCAGUGAGGACGCGUGGACGCGGCUGUGGCGACGGCUGUCGGCGCCCGCCCCGGCGCGGGCGGACCCGCAGGCGGUCUCUAAGCGACUGGCGAUGACCAUGCAUUGCUAUCAACCGGAAGCUCUAUCUCGCGGCAGCACCCCCCUGUCCCCCCUCGCGCCGGGGGCCGGGCUCGGCGGGGGGCCGCUCUCCGCGCCGCGACGCUGCUCCGUGUCCGGCGCCGACCGCCACGACGCGUUGCCGUUCGUCGAGCUCGACGUGUGCACGGCGAGCCGGCAGGAGCACGUCACCGCCGCGAACCUCCGCGCCAUAAGCACGCACCUGCUGCGCGGUGCGGGUGCGGGCGGGGGUGUGGGCGGGUGUGAGGGUGCGGGCGGGUGUGCGGGUGCGGGGGCGGGGGCGGACAGCGUGCACGCGACGGCGACGCGCUACGGGGCGGCGCAGCUGGACGCCGCCAGAGCGCUGUGCCGCGCCGUGUGCAAGGCCGUCGGCGCCAGCACCACGCAGCAGAAGGGAUUCGCGUUCAUUGAGGAAAUGGAAGCCACCCACGCGCUAAUAGUCUUCAAAGUGCUAGAGCAGUACUACCUAGCGUGUGUUCGCAUCUCUUUCCCUCUACCCGCGGGCUUCAGCUCGUGGUUCGCCCGUCUCGCUCACCGCGCGUUGCCCUUUCCCUCAUUGGUUGGACUUGUGCACAGAGGGGUUUUAGAAAUGCAGAUAGACGUCAUGAAGGAUAUCAUCGCCACAAAAGAUACAGACGAGCGCUGCGUGAACAACAAGUUGCGGCUGGUGCAGCUGAUCGGCGAGGGCCGCGCGCGCCGCACGCUGGCCGCGUGGCCGCACAGGGCGGCGCUGGUGCUGCGCGCGCGCGCGCACGCGGCCGCGCUGCUGUCGGGCGCCGGCGCCGGCGCCGCGCCCCGCCAGCGCAGGCCCAAGCCGCACGAACACGGCAUCGCAGCGCUGCCGUCGGGCGAGCGGCUGUCUCCUCUGGACACGUUCCUGGACCUCCUGACGGCAAAGGCGUCUCUCAACGAACUGGACUUCAACCUCAUCAUCGAAGCCACGUUGGCUCUCGUACAGCAGGACGCCGCCAACUAGAAUAACCUACUUAUUUAAUCUACCUUUGACCAUUUUAUGUUCCGUUAGUGGAUUUUACCCCUCGCCUAAUUAAAGGCGGAUUCUGCCAAUGUCGCAGUGUGGACUUAAUGAGGGCUAUCGUUUUUUUGCUCACCAGUUGGCACCUCUGUUGAUGGUGGUCCAAAAGACUAAAGAACAGCUGUCAGUGACAUUUCGAACUAUGGAAAAGACCACCAUCUACACUAGCGCCCCUAGCGGCGAAUUUAUACGCGUUAGCCCUCAUGUGAUAAGAGAAUGUUUCGUAAAAUCUUGGUUUUUGUGAAAGGAUAGGCCAUACUGUUGAAUGAUAAUUGCAAAGUUAUUGCGAAGACAAAAGGUCCACCACGUUCACAGCCAAUGUUUUCGUAGCCGAUCCCAGCGUUUUCCCGCUUUUCGCUACACACAGGUUUUCGCAUGUUAUCGGCUACUGAGUGUGUUAAUAUACAGGUAACCCUGUGGCUCUUGUGUGUCAAAUUAUUUAUUGAUAAUAAUAAGAUUUAAACAUUUUUUAAGAGCUAAAACUAGGUAUUAGGGUCAACUUUUAGAUUCAUGUAGCUUUUUGUUUUUCAAUUUGCAUUAAAUUUAAUGGUCCAUGGAGUACCUAAUAAGGCAGAAUGCUGGGUAGGUUUCGAUAUGACUACUAGCGCCAUCUAUUCUUAAACGUAUUAACAUACGCAGCAAAUGCUGUAUUUUUAGUUCAAAUUAGUACAAAAACGCAAAGUAUAAUGUAAAAUUAGUUUUUAAGGUGAUCUGGGCUGUUGUAUUAAUUGUUGUACUUAGUUAUUGUAGUCGUUAAC